AAGCAGACAAAUUAGUCGAUUGUGGUUGCCCCGAUAAUAAGAAUUUGAAUCAAAUAAGAAGUAAAUUUUCACGAUCCUAACAGAAGUCGGUUUCCUCCUCCUGUAUUAUAUAUAUAAACACAAAUGCGAAGAAAUUAGCAGACAUCAGCGACGCAGACACUGCCUUAUUUUGGUUAGAGAGACCGGCUAUUUUAUGGAUCUUCUUCUCGUCUGGAUUUGAAGUCGUUUUCCCGUUCCUAGCCUUGCUGCUUUGUAAUUUAACUUAUUUCUUAAACUUCGUUGAAAGACGAACAAUCAACCCUAAUCAUCUCACUGAUCGUGAUUUACUGUGGUUUGUUGAAGAAAGAGUGGCAAUGCUGUUUGCAGCUGUGUCUUGGGUGGGAUAUCCUGUGCUACGGUCUCUGGCAAUAUUACUGUUCUUGACCACAAAUUUGAUGUACAUGUUUAUGGCAACCUUGGACGACGUUACUUCAGAAACUCAACACUCUAGAGAAAAAACUAUCCAAAUAAAAGGAUUGAAUUUUGAGAUUAAUGAAACUGAUUCAGAGCUCGAAAACCAAGAAGCGACGGAUCAAAGCACUGUCUGCGGUGAUGAUGAGUUGACAGAAACUAUUUCUGAGAAGUCCUGUGAAUCAGCCUGUCAAAAUUUGGAAGACAAGAAGAAUGAGUGGAGUGAUAGAGAGUGUUAUUAUGAGAAUCGGUAUUAUUAUUCGGAAGAUUAUGAUUAUGAAGAUUUUGAAAACGAAUUCAAUUUUGAUCGAGACCCUCUUUCACAAGUCUGCCUCUGUGAUUGCUUCAACACGGUGAGCACGGAAAACAGUGAUGACGAUGAUCAUGAUGCUGAUCACGAUGAUGGAAGUAACAGUUGGGCAGAAUCAAGCAAUGAACUAGUUCCCCCUACAUGGUGGCGGCAUAUGCCUACUGAAGCAGAUUUGCUCCAAGCAGAGGGCGAUGAUCAUGAUCAAGACCAUGAUGGUGAUGAUCAUGAUGCUGAUCACGAUGAUGGAAGUAACAGUUGGGCAGAAUCAAGCAAUGAACUAGUUCGCCCUACAUGGUGGCUGCAUAUGCCUACUGAAGCAGAUUUGCUCCAAGCAGAGGGAACCCAUUUCUCUAUUACUGAUAAAAUCGCAACUUCCUGUCAAAUUCCGCCUCUGUAUCCUGAAGAAGAAGCUGAUGAAGAUGCCAACUCCACCAUUGAGAGGGAGAACGUGUUUUCUCUCAACUCAAAACUCGAUGCAACCAUCCAAUGCCUUGAGAAUCAUUAUAGACAGACGAGUGUUGUCUUUCCCAGAUUGAUAGAAGCCAGCACACUGUUACUAGAAAUGGUUACCUAUUUCAAAGAGAAAGAGAAUCUGUUUGCAAAGCUCGAGUCUGCAACUGAGUCAUUGGAGGAGUACAAGCAAGAAAGAGAUGAGUUAUCCUUAAAGCUCUCUGGGGCCAUUGCACAGGCUGAGUUCCAACAUCGAGUCAGGGAAAGAUACGAAGAGCGGUGUACAAAGUUGGAAGAGGAGAGGAACAUAUUGUCGUGGCAGAGAGAUGCAGCAAAGGCAAUAUCAGAGAACCACACGGCUUGUUCCAAUAAACUUCAGGAGAAUUACAGCCAGUUGGAAGAAGAGAACCGUAAACUUGGUAAGAUAAUUUCCGCGAAGGAUUCAGUAAUCCGAGAUUUGAAUAAGGUGGUGAGCGAAUUGAAUGAAGAGAUUACGUAUCUUAGGGAGCAAAUGUCUGCUGCAGAUGGUUAUAUGGAGUAUGUUUCAAGUGCCUAUACCCGUGCCCAACUCUCUGCUUUUGAUACAGACUGGACUUUUUAA